CUCUUACAGAAAUCUUAUUAUCCGCUUCUGAAUGAAUUUAAAUUCCCACUUGCCAUAGCAAAUAAACUUCAAUAUAUUUUUUUUUUAUUAUUGUUGGAUAAAUGUUGGUGAAGGACGUCGAUCUUAUUUAGAUACAAACCAGUGAAUCUAUGUUUACCUAGGAGCCAUAUUAAAGGCACGGAAAUCAUUAUUAGUGAGAGUGACUACCAAUAAUAAAUUUUUUUUAUUGAUUAAUUUGCAAUGGUGUACACAAUUAGCGAAAAUGUGGAGAGAAUUACAGAACUGGGCCAAAUUAUGGACGCAAAAUUCCAUAGCCUAAAAACUACUGAUAAAGAAGGUGGCUGUGAUGAAUUGGACAAAACUCACAAAUGGAAAAUAUGGAAAAACGUUUUAUUAAUAGGACUCGCAUUUAUGAUUCAUUUUACAGCUUUCUGGGGAGCUUCUAAUCUACAAAGUUCUGUUAAUUCUGAAGCUGCCCUGGGCACUUUUACACUAGCCAGUAUUUACGGAUCUCUACUCGUAUCCAAUCUAUUUCUGCCAACAUUAGUGAUAAAAUGGCUGGGAGUGAAAUGGACAAUAGCAUUAUCUUUGAUUCUUUACAUGCCGUUCAUUCUUUCUCAAUUCCAUCCUAGAUUUUACACUUUAAUUCCAGCAGGACUCGCUGUAGGAUUCGGAGGUGGUCCUCUUUGGUGCGCGAAGUGUACUUAUUUGACGGUUAUUUCAGAGGCGUAUGCAAAACUUGCAGGCGUUCAGUCUGAAGUAGUAGUAACAAGAUUCUUCGGGAUAUUUUUUAUGUUUUACUCAUUUUCGCAAGUUUGGGGUAAUCUCAUUAGCUCCGCAAUUUUAUCUUCGGGCGGAGACGAUGUUCCAACUUUAAAAGACAACACUACCUCAUCGGUUGUCAAUCUAUUUCUAAAUACGACAGGAAUCAAAGCAAACCUUACUCAAAAUCUCGAAAACAAAUGUGGAGCGAAUUUUUGUCCUGGGUUAGCUUCUUCUCCUGAUGAUAUUCCAGAAUUGACGCCACCUUCUCAGGCAAAGAUUAAUCUAAUAACUGGAAUUUACUUCUUCUGUAUGGUAGUCGCUGUACUUAUAAUUGCUUUUGGUGUUGAUAAAAUUUCGAAGUAUAGAACAAACAAGAAUAAAACUAAAGCUGUUGCAUCAGGAUGGAGAUUACUCGUCGUUACGCUAAAACAUGCCAAACAUCCAGUUCAAAUUUUAAUACUGCCUAUUACUAUGUUUAUAGGAGCUGAACAAGCAUUUUUAGCUGCAGAUUAUACUGCGGCGUUCGUUUCUUGCAGCUGGGGAAUCAGCAACAUCGGUUAUGUAAUGAUAUGCUUUGGAGUGUGCAACGGACUUGCUUCAAUAUUUUCUGGAAGUAUAGUAAAAAUUACCGGAAGAGGACCUGUCAUUUUCUUCGCUUUUAUCCUACACAUGGCCCUUUUAAUAACAUUGCUACUGUGGAUGCCGAGUCCUGAUAAUAGUUGGAUAUUUUUUAUGAUUUCUGGAUUGUGGGGAAUAUGUGACGCACUAUGGUUGGUACAGAUUAAUUCCUAUAGUGGAAUUCUCUUUCCUGGAAAAGAAGAAGCAGCUUUCAGCAACUUCCGAUUAUGGGAAGCGACUGGUUCAGUGAUUACAUAUAUUUACAGCCCAUACCUUUGCGUUCACAUAAAAAUAUACCUUCUAAUGGGACUACUCGUUUUAGGGGUUAUCGGAUAUUAUGUAGCUGAAUACGUCCACCAAAAAAAUAAAAAAGAUAAAUUAAUUAAUGGAGGAGGAAAUCAUGGAAAAUUCGAAUUAGUUGAUAACGGAUUAAAAUCUGGAGAAGUGGCCGAUUAAAUGUAUAUGUGAAUAGAAGAGUUAAUGUUAUAUUUGAUUUACAAAAAUAAAUAUAGGUUAUUUUUAA